AUGGCAUCGCGGGGCAGCUCGGACGCUCCCACUGCGGACGAGAAGGGCGCCCCGCUGGACAUCGAUGAUGUCCACAUGCUUCUGCAAGUGGAACAGGAGCAGGUUCAGAAGAGAACAUUUACUAACUGGAUCAAUGCUCAGCUUUCAAAGAGGAGCUCUCCCUCCUUGGUGCAGGACCUGUUUGCAGACCUCUGUGAUGGAGCUCGAUUGCUGGACCUGCUGGAGGUCAUGAGUGGCCAGCUCCUGAAACGAGAGAAAGGCCGUGGAUUUUUUCAGCAGAGGGGAAAUAUUGAAACAGCUUUAAAUUUCUUGAAAAAUAAAUCAAUCAAGCUGGUGAAUAUAAACAUCCCUGAUAUUAUAGAAGGAAAACCUUCCAUCAUUUUGGGCCUCAUUUGGACCAUUAUUCUACGCUGUCAUAUCGAGGAGUUAGCCUGCAUGCUGUCCUUCGAUUCCCGUUCCUCGUCUCUGGAUUCUUUAUCCAGUCUAGAUUCGGCUCCUGGGACCCCUGUCCGAGGCAGCCCUAUUCCACGGAGAGCGUCCCCCAUCCAUUCACACUUUUACCACUCUGCUAAAAAAAACCUGCUCCUGUGGGUCCGACGCCAGUGCCAGAAAGUCGGCUCUUCAGUCUGUGUAAAAGAUUUCAAAUCGAGCUGGAGGAGUGGUGUUGCGUUCCAGGCUAUCCUCUGCUCCUUGAGGCCAGACCUAGUGGACAUGUCUCUGACUCAGACGAGAAGCAACCGGGAAAACUUAGAGGAGGCAUUCCGCAUAGCUCAGCAGGAACUGGGUAUACCCAGACUGCUUGAACCUGAGGAUAUUGAUGUCAGUCACCCAGAUGAAAAGUCCAUAAUGACAUACGUAGCCCAGUUCCUGCAGUACUCUAAUGAUAUUCCCUCAGGUGAUGAUGAUCUUGAGCUGCAAACUCUCGUCUUUCCUCCAUGUUUUCCUCCUGUCAACCUCCCCACCUACUGCACACCUGCUAUUCUGGCUUCGUCUCUACAUCAGGCAUCACCCAGUCAGAAGGUUAGAGAGAUGACUUGUUGGCUUCAGCAGGCCCAUCAGGAACUGUUGGAUGUGUGGUCCUCCACAGAGAGGGAGGGGUACAGCAGACGGUAUCAGGCAUUCCAGAGCUUUGUGGGCUCAUUCUAUGAACAGCGACGUCCAGUGAUUCCAAUGCUGAGUGCAAUGAAUCGAUGCCCCAAACUGACAGAGGAGCAGGUUGCCCUAAGACAGGCUUGGGACAACAUGGAGGACAGGCUGCAGAAAUACCAAACUGAGCUGGAUGGAGCUUUGCCUGCUCCUUUAAACACUUUGGCUCAGUGGCUACAUAGUAUAGAGGCAGUACUUUCUGAGGAUCAGGGCGACUCUGGUGACCACGCGAGUGCUGCCCGAACUGCCAGAGACAAGCAACAGCAGCUCAAGGAAUUAAUGCCAGACAUGAGUGGCCACUUGGAUACACUUUAUCUGUUCCACAACACAGACGAAGAUGGUUCCUCUCAGGUUCCUGUUGAAAAACUUGAUGAGCUCAAGAAACGUUUGACCAAUGCCAGAGUGAUAGCAAAGUACCAUGGCAUCAAGUUGGAGUACUGGGAGCACUGGCACCAUGUCUGUGAGCUUUUAAACCAUCUGAAGAGCAAGCUGACUGUCUGGCGAGGACCAUAUGGCUCUCAGGAGUCUGUGAUGUCCUUGCUGCAGGACUGGGAUGAUACCAUCGAGAAGCAAGGCCUGGUGUCCAUGUUAAUAGCAGCACUCCAAAAGUUGAAAGAGACCGCCAGCACAUACACUGGCAAGGCAGCCCUGGCAGAGGACACUGGGACAGUCAAGAGACAGGUGAAGGGGACUGAGAGUGAAAUAACAGUGAGCAUAGAAGAAGCACACACUUUAAGGAGCGGUAUGGACCGUGUGCUGGCAUCAUGGAAGUCAUACAAACACUGCUCACACUCACUAAAAGUCUUCUUGGACCAGUCCCAGACAGGGCAGAAGGUCCCUGAUAGACUGUCAGAAUGGAGCUCUCUCCAGGCCCUGCUGAAUGAAACGGGAAACUUUUUGAUUGAGAUGACGGACAGCUCCACCAGCUCCACUUUUGCAAACGAGCUUGGUAAACUUAACAGAAGAUGGGCAGACUUCAUCAAGAAGAAAACGUUUGCAGUGCCAGCACAGCAAGUUAGCAGCGCAGCCCCGUGUGCACAGGCUGCAGAACACCUAGUCCAGGAAGCAGGGUUUACGCUAAGGGAGGCCGUGGAGGUGUCUUCUGAAGCGCUGCACGUGUACAGGAAGAGACUGCAGGCCAUGGCAAAGAAAGUUUCAGACUUAGACUGGCACCUAUUGUCUUCAUCUGCAGAAUUUAGUGAAGAGACGCUGCAGAAGCUGAAACACACACUUCCAGCGAUAAGGCAGGCUCUGGGUGAGGCGGAUCAGGCAUGUGGGGAGCUGCAGAAGACAGCGUCUCACCUGGAGGGUAAGCUUGCUGAGUUGGAUCACUGGAACACAGAAGCCAUGGAACUUUGCCAACAUUUGAAAGAAUCACAACACAGGGGCCACCAAGGGCCUCACCCUACAGUUAAAUCACUAGUUGGUAGAGGGCUGCAGCUACAGACACAGGUGAUGGCAGAAGGACAGGAUCUGCAAGCUUUGCUGGAAAAACAGCAAGAGAACUCCUCCCUGCCCUUUCUCAGUGUGCAUGCCCUACAGGGAAGAGUGAAGCACACUGUCAAAAACUCUAAGGAGAUCUUAGAGAUGCUUACUUCUAUGGGAGUGAAGCGUGAGGGGGAGACUGAAGCCGAUCAGCCACCUCCUAAAGUUAUCAUUCGUUCUUACAAUGCACCCGAGCCCCAAGUAGGAACUUCCCAGGAAUAUAAAACUGAUACUGUUAAACCUAAGAAACCCUCUCAGAAGUCAUUUACACAAUCUCAGCACCAACAGAGGCCUGGCUACCCUCAGCAGACAGUUAAAACUGGCAUUAAAUCCAAGGUAGUUUUUCAGGCUGAUCCUAAAUUCCAGCUUCAGGAUCAGCCUGGUGUCCUGCUGAGAGCUGAAGACAUAGAGAUCAUAAAGAACCAGGAUCUUCUGCAGUUUUCCACAGGAAAAGAGAUGCAUAUGGAGUUUCAAACUGAGGAUCAGGCAUUAAGUGUAUGUCCUCAGCAGUUAUCGGAGUCAUCCAGCAGCUCUGUUAUUCAGUCAGUUACCUUACAGCGACAAAAUCCUACUUCUGAAUCAAAAUUCAAGUGUAAAACUGUGAGUGUCAACCCACAACAACAUUAUGGGCUCAUGGCCAAGGCUCAAAGCCUUCCCCAGCCCAUGGAGACAUCGCACAUGCAUGUCAAGACACCAGUACAGGCUCAAAUUCAGAUACGUACACAGGGAGACAUACAGGGACUUACCCAGCUUGGAAUAUCACCCCACGCUCCACAACACGCUCAGACUUGGCCCAAAGUUCUCAGCCCCAGCAAACACCAGAAACAACAAGGCCAAGUUAAUACCCCAAAUCCUCGCCAUGUCCCUGGGAAGAGCGAGGUGUUUUCCCGAGCUCAGGCUAUGGCUAGGAGCAGGCUGGACAAGGCCAGAGAGCAUCUUCAUCAACACAUUGAGGAGGUCAUCACCAUAUUCAGCAACAAAAUCAUGUCUAAAGAGCAGGUCAAGAGAAAGCAGGGUGUACUGCGAAGACUAAAUCCCGCAGUGUUAGAUGAAUUCCUAGAAGCUGUAGAAUGUGUAGGUGCCUUCUCUUCUGAAACUCAGCUUCAGGACCUGGAAAAACUUUCUCUAUCCGUCAAGGCCCAGUGGGAGGAUGUCCUUUUGGCAAUUGAGUCCUUUAUGCCUGAGUUAUGGCGAGAGGUUGAGCGCAGACAGUCAGUUAAUGUGGCUGUUUUGAGGCAUGACAUAGACACUAACACAGAAAUACCAGCCUGUGAUCCAGACCAAGUGUGCAGUGAACAGGCAUGCUACUUAGUAGUGGAGCCUCAGGAACGUCUGGAUACACUUCACAAGCUCAGCAACACCCUGAGCUCUCCAGCAAGCUCCUCUAAGCCCAUCACCCAUUUGACAGAGGGUGACGGCAAAGUGAAGACUGUCCGCUACCAAGUCAGGUCAAGCAGCAACAUUAAACCAUGUCAACAACGCAGCGAGGGAGCACAGAGGAGAGAACCUGAGCUGCCUGCUAGCCAAACCCCAAGCCAGUCUUAUUCACAGGUCAUUGUACGUACUAAGAGUGGGGAGACCAAACAGACUGCAGAGAGGACUGUCAUCCACACUACUGAAAGACAAGACGUGGGGGAGCCCAUACAGAACACUCAAAGCAGUUACAUGGCUGCACUCUCAGGAUUUAAACAGCAGCUGCAGAUGAACAGUGAGCAACUGAGCCCAGAUUUCCUUACAGACUCCAUCCUGUCAUUUGCCACCAUAAACAAACACCUCGAAGAUCUCCAGGUCUUGAGGCAGCAGACAGAGGCUUUAUGGUUUGAAUUUAAGCUCCAGAGCUCUUCACCUGUGGGGGUUGAAACAGACAGAGUUGAGCUUAUUGAGCAGUGGAGGGGACAGCAGAUCUGCCUUCAUGCCAGAAUGAGAUCCCUCAAGAGUGCUUUGGACUUUUUAGAGCCAACUGAUAUUCGUAUCAAACGGAUCUCUGAUCAGGUGGAACAGAAUGUUCAAAAGACUUUGGACAUCAAAGGCUUUGCCCUCACUGAUUUAACAACAAUACAUGGAGACAUAAAGCUGGUGGGGGAUCACAUCCAAAAAGAACUGAUGAUCCUUUCUGAGGCAGAGACUAAGGUGACCAUCUCUUCAGACCUGAGUGAGACUGAGCUUCAAACCCGUCUUACACAACAGAAGGUAAUCCAGAAUUGUACACAGCGCCUGCAGCUACUGGACCAUCGACUGAACAGAACGCAGUCAGUGCUCUGUGCUCUGGGACUCUUCUUGAAUCGUUUACACCAGCUGAAUGGGGAGGUGUCCACAUCUGAAUCUGCAUUAACACCGGACUCCAAACUAGCAGUCAUCAAGGAGAAGCUUCAGCCCGCUAAGGAAGAAGCUGCGAAGAUUGACUGCAUGCUAAAGGAUGCUGGGAUGAGUGUAACUUUGGAUGGAAAACCAGGCAGCUGUCAAGAUUUAGUAACCAGAUGUGCAAUAGAGAUCCAGGCUGUGGAAAGGAGAGAAGUGCAGAGCAGCAAAGAGGAUGAGAAGAGGGAGAGGAUGCUAAGGAAAAGGAGGAAAGGUCUUCAAGUCACUCUGAAUGAAGUUCAGGGAUCUGUAGAAAGGCAGGGCCUAAAAGAGCCCACUCUUCCUGCCCUGCAGCACAGAUUGCGGUGUUUGACAGACAUAGAAAGUAAACUAGCAGCUGUCCACUCAGACAUCCAGAGUCUGCGAGACACAUCUUCCCAGACAAACACUUCAGACGAAGGCCUUAGAGAGCUGGAGGUCCAGUGGGAGGAGAUCCACAAAACACUCAGUGAAAGUCAAGAGGAAUGUGUUUCCCUGAUCGAGCUGUUGAAGAGGUUUCAGAGCUGCCGUGCCCAUCUUAACAACACUUUACAGAUUAGUGAGCAGACUAUAAGUGAGCAGGCCUCCUACAUGGGAAAAGAAAAUCUUCAGCGACUCAUCACCAGGGUAAACAGCAUUAAAUCAGACCUGAAUGCUCUUGGAGACAGUGUGGAGGAGUUUCGAGCUGUGUGCCGGCAGCUGCACUCUCAGAUGCGAAAUAUCCCAGACUGUCCAGAUGCUCCAUUCGAGGCCGAGGCAGAUGCACUCAUGGACCGCUGGCUAGAUGUGAGUGAAAGGACAGACUGCCAUUUUGAGAAUCUGCAGAUUGGACUAUCAGUGUGGGAUAAGCUUCUCUUGUUGGCCAGGGAGGUAGACAGCUGGACCAACACCAAACUGAGGACGCUUGCGCAAUCACACCCAUUUCAGACAGAACAGGAGGUUUUUGAUGUGCAGGAGGAACUCAGGACACAGGAAGAAAAUGUGGAACGUCUCCAUUGCAGAUCUGUUGAGAUAAAGGAGAUUCUACACAGCAGUGAACCUCCCACAGAGCUUCAGGUGAUUGAGAGUCAGCUGAGGAAGCAACUGGAGGAAGUGAAGGAGGUCUUCACUGAAACAAGUGAUGUCUUUAGAGAGCUGGUUGCUGCGAAGGCUCAGGUCACUGCCAGGAUGACGGACUGCAUGUCCUCUAUACAUUGCAUAAACGAUGCCCUGAGCACACUUGUUGAAUCUGAGGGUAUGCAGAUCCACCAGGACAUCCAGGUGUUAUCAGAGAAACUUCAGCUAGAAACUGAGAUGGCACAAACUCUCAUGCACCAGGUUGCCAUGUUGGCUAAUGUGGCUAGCACAGAGAGCUUGCUGUCUCUUACUGAGUUUGGGGCUCAGCUACAGGCGAACAUCUCUGCCGUCAAAGAUAUGAUCAUCCUGAGGAGAGAAGAGGCAGAGAACCUCAGCAAACCUCAACAGCACCAGUAUACUCAAGUCACACAAUCAGAAGGUCUUCAUUCACAAGUCACAGUUCUGACGACCCGAGAUCCUUCACCAAAGAAAGGUGAUUUCAGCAACACUCAGCAACAGCAAAGUCAAACUCCAUCCAAACACAUCGUUUCCAAAGCAAAAGAGCUACAUGAGGAUUCAUUAGGCAAUGAAGACUUCUUUAAAGAUUUGCAGAACUUUAGACACCUGGCAGAAAGAACAGAAGACUGGCUUAAAAAAUUGCAGCAGUCUGUGGACACUCAGGAACCAGACACUCAGAGCAUCCCACAUAAAACUAAGGAGAGACUGCAGGAACUCCAGGUGAAAAAACAGGUGGUGUUGGACCAGAGGGCUGAAGGAGACAGCAGGUUGGAGAAGCUGAAGGUCACAGGUCAGGCACUGCUCGAAAGACACAAAGAGAGAGAGGGAAAGGACUUGCACGAUGUCUUAGGCAUACUUAAGAAUGCAGAGCUCCAGUGGGAUUCUGUGUGGCGGUCUGCAGUCGAGCAGCACAGACUCCUACAGAGUAACAUGGGGCACUUUUCCUCCAGCCAGCACCAGCAAGAGCAGGUUGAGACCAAGAUGCAGCAGCUUCAGGAACUCCAAGAGCAAAUUGCAGCCCUACCUGUGCUUUUUCCCUGGCCUGGCUUGACUGAAAGAAAGGAAGUUUUAAAGCAGGCUCAUUGUCUUCUGGUGAAAGCCAAAGCCUUGGUCUCUGAAAUUACAGCACUGAAAUUACAGAUGAGGGAGCAGGCAGAAUUAUCUCAAGACGCAAGUUGGACUGACCUGCCCUGGGAUAACCUGGAGACCUGUGCCUCCCGCUUGGCCAAACAAAUCAGUGAUAUAUGCAGCGGUAUGGAUGAGAGCAUUCAAAGAGAAAACCAUUGUAGCCUUGUGCUGAAGCAGUGCAGUAAAACCCUGGACAGUCUGCAGGAGAAAGUGUUAAAAAAAGGCCAGAAGUCUCAACUGGACACACUAGAAUCAUGGUUUCAAGCUCUCGGUCAUGAAGGGAAGAAUCUACAAGAAAUACUGACAACUUCCCUGCUGACGAGUUGUACUCCGGGAGGUCAGACAGCCCUGUCUCAGAAUGUCCAGACUCUGCUCAACAAGCAGACAAUGCUGGAGAAGCACAUUCAUAAACAGCUUAGCCAUUUACAAAGCCGGGAGCCUGGAGAAAUAAGUUUUAAAAUGGUUGCUUGCAAUGUAGAGGAUGGCAUUCAAAGAAGAAACACCAGCAUUACACAGACAAUGGAACAGCAAAUGAAAUGUUCAUCAAAUGAAAUGGAUACUAGUGCAGAUCACCAACACAUAGCUGCUGCUCCUGAACCUGAGUUUAACAUCGUUUUUGAAGCUGAUCUUUCUCCAGCCAGCCAAAAAAGUUCUCUGUUCCAUUCUGUAGCAUCUACUUCACAACAAACUUUAUCCAACCCUAUUUCAUUUUUUACUGUACAUCAUGAUCAGGCAACUAAAACAGAAAAGGAAAAUGUAGCUUACAGUGAAGACAUUUCUCUAGAGGAAAUGCAGUCCUCCUCUCUUACGGAAUCAGUACAACCAGUUCAGACUGGAAGUGCUCUUUCUCCAUUUAAAAUCGCUGUUGGUGUAGAGAGUUCCUUUGAAGAUGCAGAUGUGUCAAGUAAACAGGCUUCUACAAUAGACAUGGACAGUGACAAGCAAAGCAGCACUGGGACAGAAACAGACAAUAAAACUUACAUCCUGGAUAUUAAUCAGCCCAUACUGAAACCUGAAGGGCAGCAGUCAGUGGAGUCUUCUAAAAGAGAUAGUACUGAAAUCAGUUCUGACAAUCCCACCGACAAUGCAACAGACUCUAAAUCAGCAACGACACAAAGUGAACAACACAAAGAGAAGAUUCAGACGACCGCACUUACAGCAUCGGUGCCAACAGGUCAGGAUGUAAACGCUCAUCCUCAACAAAACCAAACUCCUGUUUGUGCAAAAAAUUUGACUAAAGAUACAGAUUCAUCACAUCAACAGACUUCAAUGUUAUCUGUCAAGCUGAUUGCAGACAUGGAUAUGCUGCAAAAUCAGGAAGUCGAUACAACAGUAGAGAUUAAUGCUGGAUCCAUUUCCCAUCAAACAUCUUCUGUUUCUUUAGAUCAGGAGCAACAACAAGGACAUGAGAGAGCAAUCCCAGUAGCAGAGGUUAUUGACUUUUCUAGAACAUAUAAAGACUCGUUGAAGGAGAUACCUGAUGCGAACCAGCCUGAUUCUUGUAUGAUCCACAUGGACAGUGUCAACCAGAGCAGCCUUGGAGCUGCUAAAAUUUAUUCCAUUAUUCUGGAUGUUGAUCAACCUCCCAUACUGAAACCUGAGGGGCAGCUGUCAGUGGAGUCUCCCAAAGCUGUAGAGGUUAAAGAAUUCAGUUCUGACAAUCCCACAGAUAAUGAAACGGACUGUAAAUCAGAAACAAAACAAACUCAAGACGAUCCUAUGAGAUCACGGGACAGUCUAGAGAAAAUCCAUAUGACCCCAAUUACAGAAUCAAUACAAACAGGUCAGAGUGAUGAUGCUGAUUCUAAACAACUCCAAGCCCCAAUUUGUAUAGAAAGUUGGACUGAAGAUGCAGAUUUGUCAGUUCAACAAGCUCCAGUGCUAUCUGUCAGGCUUUCAUCAGACAUGGAUCUGCUGCAAAAUGAGGAGGUUGAUACAACAAAAGAUCUUGAUGGCAGAAGUGUUUCUCACCAGCUACACACUGUAUCAACGGAUAGUGACACAGAGGACAAACAAGAGACACCAAACCCAACUGCCCAAAGCUCAAGUGACCCAGAACCUGCCCAAGCAGAAGCAGAAGAGGACAUCAUCCUCAGAGAAGGAACUGAACCUACACACAGAGAAUCCAAUAUUUCUCAUACCCCAGUAUCAGACGAUUCUAAAAUUUCUACCACUGAAAUUGACUUAAAAGUUCAAAUACUUGAUGAAACAAAGCCUGAAUCUCAGGCACUACAAGUGGAAAGUGGCAGCCAAAGUAGCACUGCGACUGCAACAGUCCAUCAGUACAUUCUGGAUAUUAAUCAGCCCAUACUGAAACCUGAAGGGCAGCAGUCAGUGGAGUCUUCUAAAAGAGAUAGUACUGAAAUCAGUUCUGACAAUCCCACCGACAAUGCAACGGAUCCUAAAAUGACACAAACGACACAAAGUGAACAACACAAAGAGAAGAUUCAGACGACCGCACUUACAGCAUCGGUGCCAAAAGGUCAGGAUGUAAACGCUCAUCCUCAACAAAACCAAACCCCUGUUUGUGCAGAAAAUUUGACUAAAGAUACAGAUUCAUCACAUCAACAGACUUCAAUGUUAUCUGUCAAGCUGAUUGCAGACAUGGAUAUGCUGCAAAAUCAGGAAGUCGAUACAACAGCAGAGAUUAAUGCUGGAUCCAUUUCCCAUCAAACAUCUUCUGUUUCUCUGGAUCAGGAGCAACAACAAGGACAUGAGAGAGCAAUCCCAGGUGACAGAAACGAGCAAGAGGAAAAGCGAGCAGAAUCAGAAAAAGGCAGUAUAGUGUGCACACAGGGAAGUCAACACACACAACUAGUGGCAGAGGUUAUUGACUUUUCUAGAACAUAUAAAGACUCGUUGCAGGAGAUACCUGAUGGGAACCAGCCUGAUUCUUGUGUGAUCCACAUGGACAGUGACAACCAGAGCAGCCUUGGAGCUGAUAAAGUUCAUACCAUUAUUCUGGAUGUUGAUCAACCUGUAUUAAAUCCUGAGAUUCAGCAUUCAUCUGAUGAUAAUGAGUUUGGUCCUGAAGAUUCGAAUGCACACUCAGAUGUUUUGCAGUCACAAGACAGUUUAGAGGAAAUGCAGCUGACCAAGGAAACAGAGUCUUUGCAACCAAGUCAGAGUGAAAGUUCUCAUCAUCAACAAAUCCAAACCCCUGCUGGUGUUAAAGAUUCCUGUGGAGAUGGAGAUGUGUCGCAACAUCAAGCUUUUACAUCAUCAGCCAUAGAUUCUGUAGCUGCAGAGAUGCUGCAAGAUGAGGCAGUUCAAACAAAAGAUCCUGAUGCUAUUUCCAUCACUCUGCAGUCAAAGACUGCCUCUAUAGUUCAGGAUAGAAAAGAGAGACAACAACCAGUAAUAGAUAAUGAGAAGAGCACAAAUAAACUGGACAUCAAACAGGCCAAAGCAGAAGAUAGCCACUGUUCCAAGCUUCGACGUUCUACCAAGAAUAGAACAAAGAAACAUAAGGGACCGACCACAUAUGAGACAAUUACUAAAGAAAACAGAAAAAGUAAAACAACAAUAUCCAAAGAAAAGAGUGAUGACAGCUCUCCACAUCAUCAGCUAAUUAGCACAAGGCGUCUCGAUUCCACAGACACAACACCCAGUGCAUUUACAGAAGAAGAUGUGCUGCGAAAUCAGGGUGUUGAUACAACAAAAGAUCUUGAUGGCAGAAGUGUUUCUCACCAGCUACACACUGUAUCAACGGAUAGUGACACAGAGGACAAACAAGAGACACCAAACCCAACUGCCCAAAGCUCAAGUGACCCAGAACCUGCCCAAGCAGAAGCAGAAGAGGACAUCAUCCUCAGAGAAGUAAUUGAAUACACACACAGAGAAGUUAGUAGUUCAUAUGGUCCAGUACAAGACAAUCUUGAAGUCUCCAGAACAGAAAUGAAACAGAAAGAGACAAAUCUACGAGAAGAUUAUACUGUACUUAGAGAGGGAACUGAACCUACACACAGAGAAUCCAAUAUUUCUCAUACCCCAGUAUCAGACGAUUCUAAAAUUUCUACCACUGAAAUUGACUUAAAAGUUCAAAUACUUGAUGAAACAAAGCCUGAAUCUCAGGCACUACAAGUUAUUGACUUUUCUAGAACAUAUAAAGACUCGUUGCAGGAGAUACCUGAUGUGAACCAGCCUGAUUCUUGUAUGAUCCACAUGGACAGUGACAACCAGAGCAGCCUUGGAGCUGAUAAAGUUCAUACCAUCAUUCUGGAUGUUGAUCAACCUGUAUUAAAUUCUGAGAUUCAGCAUUUAUCUGAUGAUAAUGAGUUUGGUCCUGAAGAUUCGAAUGCACACUCAGAUGUUUUGCAGUCACUGGACAGUUUAGAGGAAAUGCAGCCAACCAAAGAAACAGAGUCUUUGCAACCAAGUCAGAGUGAAAGUUCUCAUUACCAACAAAUCCAAACCCCUGCUGGUGUUGAAGAUUCCUGUGGAGAUGGAGAUGUGUCACAACAUCAAGCUUUUACAUCAUCAGCCAUAGAUUCUGUAGCUGCAGAGAUGCUGAAAGUUGAGGCAGUUCAAACAAAAGAUCCUGAUGCUAUUUCCAUCACUCUGCAGUCAAAGACUGCCUCUAUAGUUCAGGAUAGAAAAGAGAGACAGCAACCAGUAAUGGAUAAUGAGAAGAGCACAAAUAAAAUGGACACUAAACAGGCCAAAGCAGAAGAUAGCCACUGUUCCAAGCUUCGAAGUUCCACCAAGAAAAGAACAAAGAAACAGAAGGGACUGACCACAUAUGAGACAAUUGCUAAAGAAGACAGAAAAAGUAAAACAACAAUCUCCAAAGAAAUUAUAACUGAAUCUACACUCAAAGAAACUCAUAUUUCUCAUCGUCCUGUAUCAGAAGAUCUUGAAAUAAUUUUUGGAACUGAUAUCAAUUUGACAGCUCAAACACCUGAUGCAGCAAAACCUGUAUCUGAGGAGCUACACAUUGAAAAUAAUAACCAAUGUAGCACUGUGACUCCAACAGUCCAUCAGUACAUCCUGGAUGUUGAUGAGCCCAUACUGAAUCCUGAGGGGCAGCAGUCAGUGAAGUCUCCCAAAGCUGUAGAGGCUAAAGAAUUCAGUUCUGACAAUCCCACAGAUAAAGAAACGGACUGUAAAUCAGAAACAAAACUAACUCAAGACGAUCCUAUGAGGUCACUGGACAGUCUGGAGAAAAUCCAUAUGACCUCAAUUACAGAAUCAAUACAAACAGGUCAGAGUGAAGACGCUGAUUCUAAACAACCCCAAGCCCCAAUUUGUAUAGAAAGUUGGACUGAAGAUGCAGAUUUGUCAGUUCAACAAACUUCAAUGUUAUCUGUCAAGCUGAUUGCAGACAUGGAUAUGCUGCAAAAUCAGGAAGUCGAUACAACAGCAGAGAUUAAUGCUGGAUCCAUUUCCCAUCAAACAUCUCCUGUUUCUCUAGAUCAGGAGCAACAACAAGGACAUAAGAGAGCAAUCCCAGGUGACAGAAACGAGCAAGAGAAAGAGCGAGCAGAAUCAGAAAAAGGCAGUAUAGUGUGCACACAGGAAAGUCAACACACACAACUAGUGGCAGAGGUUGUUGACUUUUCUAGGACAGAUAAAGACUCGUUGCAGGAGAUACCUGAUGCAAACCAGCCUGAUUCUUGUGUGAUCCACAUGGACAGUGACAACCAGAGCAGCCUUGGAGCUGCUAAAAUUUAUACCAUUAUUCUGGAUGUUGAUCAACCUGUAUUAAAUCCUGAGAUUCAGCAUUCAUCUGAUGAUAAUGAGUUUGAAUUCAGUUCUGACAAUCCCACAGAUAAAGAAACGGACUGUAAAUCAGAAACAAAACUAACUCAAGACGAUCCUAUGAGGUCACUGGACAGUCUGGAGAAAAUCCAUAUGACCUCAAUUACAGAAUCAAUACAAACAGGUCAGAGUGAAGACGCUGAUUCUAAACAACCCCAAGCCCCAAUUUGUAUAGAAAGUUGGACUGAAGAUGCAGAUUUGUCAGUUCAACAAGCUCCAGUUCUAUCUGUCAGGCUAACAUCAGACAUGGAUCUGCUGCAAAAUGAGGAGGUUGAUACAACAAAAGAUCUUGAUGGCAGAAGUGUUUCUCACCAGCUACACAGUGUAUCAACUGAUCGUAACAAAGAGGACAAACAAGAGACACCAAACCCAACUGCCCAAAGCACAAGUGACCCAGAUCCUGGUCAGGCAGAAGCAGAAGAGGACAUUAAGCUCAGAGAAGGAACUGAACCUACACACAGAGAAUCCAAUAUUUCUCAUGCUCCAGUAUUAGACGAUUCUAAAAUUUCUACCACUGAAAUUGCCUUAAAAGAGAUACCUGAUGCAAACCAGCCUGAUUCUUGUGUGAUCCACAUGGACAGUGACAACCAGAGCAGCCUUGGAGCUGCUAAAAUUUAUACCAUCAUUCUGGAUGUUGAUCAACCUUCUUUGCAACCAAGUCAGAGUGAAAAUUCUCAUCACCAACAAAUCCAAACCCCUGCUGGUGUUGAAGAUUCCUAACGUUGGACUGAAGAUGCAGAUUUGUCAAUUCAACAAGCUCCAGUUCUAUCUGUCAGGCUUUCAUCAGACAUGGAUCUGCUGCAAAAUGAGGAGGUUGAUACAACAGAAGAUCUUGAUGGCACAAGUGUUUCUCACCAGCUACACAGUGUAUUAACGGAGAGUGACACAGAGGACAAACAAGAGACACCAAACCCAACUGCCCAAAGCUCAAGUGACCCAGAACCUGCCCAGAUAAAUCUACAAGAAGAUUAUACUGUACUUAGAGAGGGAACUGAACCUACACACAGAGAAUCCAAUAUUUCUCAUGCUCCCGUAUCAGACGAUUCUAAAAUUUCUACCCCUGAAAUUGACUUAAAAGUUCAAAAACUUGAUGAAACAAAGCCUGAAUCUCAGGCACUACAAGUGGAAAGUGACAGCCAAAGUAGCACUGCGACUGCAACAGUCCAUCAGUACAUCCUGGAUAUUAAUCAGCCCAUACUGAAACCUGAAGGGCAGCAGUCAGUGGAGUCUUCUAAAAGAGAUAGUACUGAAAUCAGUUCUGACAAUCCCACCGACAAUGCAACAGACUCUAAAUCAGCAACGACACAAAGUGAACAACACAAAGAGAAGAUUCAGACGACUGCUCUUACAGCAUCGGUGCCAACAGGUCAGGAUGUAAACGCUCAUCCUCAACAAAACCAAACUCCUGUUUGUGCAGAAAAUUUGACUAAAGAUACAGAUUCAUCACAUCAACAGACUUCAAUGUUAUCUGUCAAGCUGAUUGCAGACAUGGAUAUGCUGCAAAAUCAGGAAGUCGAUACAACAGCAGAGAUUAAUGCUGGAUCCAUUUCCCAUCAAACAUCUCCUGUUUCUCUAGAUCAGGAGCAACAACAAGGACAUGAGAGAGCAAUCCCAGGUGACAGAAACGAGCAAGAGGAAGAGCGAGCAGAAUCAGAAAAAGGCAAAGCAGAGGUUAUUGACCUUUCUAGAAGAUAUAUAGACUCGUUGCAGGAGAUACCUGAUGCGAACCAGCCUGAUUCUUGUAUGAUCCACAUGAACAGUGACAACCAGAGGAGCCUUGGAGCUGAUAAAGUUCAUACCAUCAUUCUGGAUGUUGAUCAACCUGUAUUAAUUCCUGAGAGGCAGCAUUUAUCUGACAACGAGUUUGGUCUUGAAAAUUCUACUGCACAAUUAAACGACUUUGAAUCAGAAAGAACCAAAUGUGAUGAUGUUUCUCAGUCAUUUGACAGUUCAGAGGAAAUGCAGCCAACCAAGCAAACAGAGUCUUUGCAACCAAGUCAGACUGAAAAUUCCCAUCAUCAACAAAUUCAAACCCCUGCUGGUGUUGAAGAUUCCUGUGGAGAUGUAGAUGUGUCACAACAUCAAGCUUCUACAUCGUCAGACAAAAAUUUCACAGAAGAAGAUGUGCUGCAAAAUCAAGGUGUUCAUCCAACAGAAGACCUUGAUGUCAGAAGUGUUACUUACCAGCUACACAGUGUGUCUAUUGAUGGUGACACAGGGGACAGGCAAAAGACAGCAAGUGGAACUGUCAAAAGCAUGAAUGACCCAGAACCUGGACAGACAAAUACAGAAGAAGAUGAUAUUCCAUUUAAACAGGAAACUCAACCUACACACAGAGAAACUCAUAUUUCUCAUGGUCCUGUAUCAGAAGAUCUUGUAAUAAUUUUUGGAACUGAUAUUGAUUUGACAGCUCAAACACCUGAUGCAGCAAAACCUGUAUCUGAGGAGCUACGCAUGGACAAUGACAACCAAAGUAGCACUGUGACUCCAACAGUCCAUCAGUACAUCCUGGAUGUUGAUGAGCCCAUACUGAAACCUGACGGGCAGCAGUCAGUGGAGUCUCCCAAAGCUGUAGAAGCUAAAGAAUUCAGUUCUGACAAUCCCACAGAUAAGGAAACAGACUGUAAAUCAGAAACAAAACAAAGUCAAGAUGAUCAUAUGAGGUCACGGGACAGUCUAGAGAAAAUCCAUACGACCUCAAUUACAGAAUCAAUACAAACAGGUCAGAGUGAAGAUGCUGAUUCUAAACAACUCCAAGCCCCAAUUUGUAUAGAACGUUGGACUGAAGAUGCAGAUUUGCCAAUUCAACAAGCUCCAGUUCUAUCUGUCAGGCUUACAUCAGACAUGGAUCUGCUGCAAAAUGAGGAGGUUGAUACAACAAAAGAUCUUGAUGGCAGAAGUGUUUCUCCGCAGCUACACACUGUAUCAAUGGAUCGUAACAAAGAGGACAAACAAGAGACACCAAACCCAACCACAAAUAAACGGGACACUAAAGAGGCCAAAGCAGAAGAUAGCCACUGUUCCAAGCUUCAAUGUUCCACCAAGAAAAGAACAAAGAAACAGAAGGGACUGACCACAUAUAAGACAAUUGCUAAAGAAGACAGAAAAAGUAAAACAACAAUCUCCAAAGAAAUUAGUGAUGACAGCUCACCACAUCAUCAGCCAAUUAGCACAAGGCGUCUCAAUUCCACAGACACAACACACAGUGCAUUCACAGAAAAAGAUGUGCCGCAAAAUCAGGGUGUUCAGCCAACAGAAGACCUCAAUGUCAGAAGUCUGUCAGUGGAGUCUCCCAAAGCUGUAGAGGCUAAAGAAAUCAGUUCUGACAAUCCCACAGAUAAUAAAAUGGACUCAAACACUGCCUUUGUGUGCUCUAGUCAUGCCAGCGCCUCGAGCAAUUAUCCUACUGAUAUAAAAUUAACAAACGUCAAGUCGACCAUUGAGAAGCAAGUUCCAGUUUCAGGGGGCAUUUCAGAGACACGCAGAGCUGAACCCGAGUCACCAAUAACCACCACAGUACCAUUAGAGUUGGAGUUCAGCAUCCUUGCAGACGCAGGCUCAAAAGACAGAGUUGAAGAUUCUGACAGCAAUGACUUCUCACAGCCAGAAGAAAUGUCCAAAACCAAAACCAAUGUAUCUGGACGAGAUCAGUGUAAAGGUUUUAAGGACAAUGGAAAGCAAACAAGGACAGCAGACCAGCCUGGCAGAACAUCAGCGCUGCACACUUUGUUGGAUAUUAGCACAAACGUUCAUCCUGUAAUGGAUACCAGUUAUGUUGCAACACAUCGGGAAGCAACCUGGCUUUUAUGCCCAUCAAUGACAGAAUUGGAGAACCAACUAGGAAGGGCUAUUCUUAGGAUUCUGAGAUGUCGAUAUCAGCCAGCCCACCUAAGCACUAAACAAAUGAGUCAGCAACUUCAAGAAGCAGAGCACUCUAGACAGUAUGUUGGAGAGCAGUUGGCUUCAGUAUCUCAGUCUGGUCUCUCCCACCUCAACCAAAGAAUAGCGGAGAGAUGGAGUUCAGCUCUGCUGGAAGCUACAAACACAGUACAGAUUAAAGAAACCCAGCUGCAACAGGUCACACAAUAUCACCAAAAAAUCCAGGCCCUUCAAAAUACACUUCAGAACCUGGAAGAAGGGUUGGAUUCAUUGAGCCUGGUUUCCUUGAAAAGCAGUGCUGUUCAAGCUGCAAAACUGUGUGCGUUCCUCCAGCGCAUGAAGCAGAAUAAGAACAUGUUAGAAGACCUGAUGCAUACAUGUUACCAUGUGUUACCCUGUUUAGGAGAGGCUGAGGGUCCAGUGGCAUGCCUAACCCAGAUGAAAGAUUUGCAGAAAAAGUGGCAGAUUUUGGAGGGGACAGCAGACAGAAACUUACGGCAUGCUGAGCAUUGUAUCUCAGAAGCUUCUACCCUAAUAAAGGGUGCUGAGGCACUUCUGGGUGAGGUAGAGGUUCUGCACAUGGCUACUUCUUUACCUUUGACUCAAAUAAAGGACUCUCAAAGGAUUAUACAGGAAAUGACAACAUUCUCCGAGUUCGUGAAAAUAAACGAGCAAUACCUGUACCUUCUUGAGCUUUCACAGGCUCUUUUCCAGUGUCCAUUAGGGAUAAAGGAGAAAGAAGACAUCAGCAAUGUUUUCCAAAAUCUGAAAUGUCAGUUGGAUUGUACUCAGGAGAAACUUUCUGCUUAUGCUGCCUGUCCCAGUGAAGAUCACCUAUUGACAGAGAUCACUGAUACUAUGAAAAGCUGGUUUGUUUGGGCAAAACGAACAGACAGUAGAUUAACCAAGAAAACGAAGUUGUCUCUUUUCCCAGAGGAAGCCAGUCACCAGGUUAACAGCAUGAAAAAAGUGCAAUCAGAAAUAAACUCAAGGAAAUUCAAACUGGCCUCUGUGGUUAGUAAAUUAAAAGAGGAGAUUGCAGGACUUAGUCAGGUAGACGCAUCUUUUAUUUUAUCUGCACUGCAGACCUUAGAGGAGCUCUAUAGUGAGAUUUCAGAAAAGGCAGAGAGUGUUACUUCAGAACUGAACCAAAUGCUGCAUGCUAGACAGAGACUGGACAUGCAGAUUACAGAUAAUAGCACCUGGCUGGCCUCAUUCUUAGAGAAAGAGUCCAAUAAAGCUGCAGCAAUCCAGCUUGGAAGCUCUCCCACAGAUUUGCGAGUCUACCAUCAAAAGCACAAAGCUACUUUAAAAGAUGCUGAGAAGCGGCUAUCUACCGUUCAGAGACUUCUAGAUGAGACGAAGGAUGUAGCUCACGGUCUUAAUAUUAUGGACACUUUCCACCUAAUCAAAAAACUUACCACCUUGCAAGAAGAGAUCAGUAGGGUUGUAAAAUGUAAGCAAAUCACAUGUCAGGAACUAGAAGAGAUCUUGCAUACCCUGGAAUCUUCAACCGAAAAAAUUACUGCCAUUCAGAAAAGUCUACGUCAAAUAACAAAUGACCUUGAGCAGCCAAGAUAUCCUGUAACACGAGACUCGCUUGCCGCUUUUGAUCCUACAAGACACAAGCUGAUAGAGCAUCUUGCUCAAGUGCUGGAAGUUCAGCAUUGCCAGGAGAACCAGAGGAAAGACCUUCUACGGACCAUUUUUAACUUGCAAAAAAAAAUGAGGUUGCUCGAUCAGCAGAGUAUGGAUCAUGAAGAAUAUCUCUCAUCCAAAAAUCAUUUAGAACACCAUUUUGAGGCAGUGAAGAAAAGAGUUCCUGAGCUCUCGGAUGGUAGCAGAGAUACUGAUAAACGAUUCCGUAUGGGUCAAACCCUGCUAGUGGAGAUACUCAUGCUGAAGAUAUCAUGUCAGAGGACAGCAGAUCAACUGGAGGCCAUUUCUGGUGACCUCUUUCCAUCACAACUGGAUUCAGAGAGACAAAAGAUUCGCAGCAUGCUGCAAUGUCUUACUGUUUGGGAAAACAUCAUAAGCAGUGAUGUUAAAAGCCAGGAGGACGUGCUUUUGGUUAGCAUUGGUAGUGUAAGUCAACUGACUCCUCUAACUGAACAUUUUAUGGGAGUUAAAGAGCAACUAAAGCAGAACAGCUGCCUUAAUCCAAGUGACCAGGACAUUACUAUAGGAUUAGAAAAAUGCUUGACACUUGAGAGGUCAGUGGCAUCUGGGCUAAGAAUAUUGGAGUUCUGCAAAGACUGUACUUCAGCACCUGAAGACUAUGAAAAAACUGCUGACACAGGAAGAAGAAUUUUAAAAGACUGUAAAAUGCAGAUGGAAAACCUUCUCAAAGCUAAGGAGGACCUGAAAGUCUAUCAUGGUGCUGUUCAAAGAGUUGUUGGUUUCCUUCAGCAGAUUGAAACUAAACUCUUGGUUCCAUCCGUCAGCUUCAAAGACACUAAAGAGGAACUGAAUCAUACUCAACAACUUCUUACUAAUCUUUCUAAAGGAUUCCAAGAUCACAUGACUGAAUUACAGGCGAAAUUGCCCUCACAAGCCUGCUUAUCUCCUCAAACUAAGAAGCUCCACAUCGAGGUUGUCAGCCACCUCCAUGUGACUGAUGCCAAAUUGGAAGCACAAGCUCAGCUCAAACUGGAGGCCCUUCAGAAGUGCUUAAUGGAACUGGCCACACACAUUAAACAACAUGAUGACUUGAACCACCUUCUUCAAAACUUUGACUUCAAACUUUCAGACAGCUUCAGCCACAAACCAAUUUCUUCAGAAGAGUGCAAAGACCAGCUUGACAAAAUUAAGGUCCUUCAGGAGGAGCUAGUUGGCAUUGCUGCAAGGCUGGAGGAGAUGAAAGGAAAAUGCCCACAGCUGAACUGUAAUGCAGGUGCAGAGAAGACACUGGGACAUCUACAGAGGCAUUGGGCCUCGCUGCAGAGACGGCUAGACACACUGAACUCCAGAGUAGCUCUCACAGAAACACAGUGGAAGGAAAUUACAUUAAGAAUCAAGAGAUCCAGAGAAGCUCUCAACCAUCUUCAGCACAAUAUCUCUGAGAUCUCCAAGAUGAAGGGAUCUCUCGGUAAACUUCAGGAAACCCUGGGACGAACUGAAGAGCUCCAAAAUGCCCUGGACCAAGAGCAACUUACUUUGGUUUGUCUUCAACGCUGUGAAUCACGACUGCUGAGUGCCUCAAACUUUCAUGAAUAUAAGAGUCAGAUAAGCCAGGAACUGCAGUCACUACAGAGCCAUUGUCGAAGCCUUAGAGAACAGAGCAGUGAGCUGAGACAUGAUGUGCUGUCUGAGAUCCAGGAGUGGGGACGCUUUCAGGAAGAAUUGAAAGGGUUGCAGGAGAAAGUUCGCUCUUUGCUAUCAGCCCUGCAGAGCCAGUCUGAUCCUGGAUAUAUACGGGAGCUUAGAGCAGAGCUAGACUCCCAGAAUAUCAAACUGCAAGACAUUAUGGAGAGGGUGAGGAAGAGGAGCAGUGAUGUACCACCGGAAGUUCAGAACCUACAUGAUCAAGUCACUCUGUCCCUGAAGGAAGCUAAAGACAAGGUGAGACAGGCUAUGGAGAGUAGCGGCUCUCUUCAGAAAAUGAGUGAGCAUGUGGACAAAGUGACUGUGGGGUUGAGUUGUGUCGAGGCCCUGCUACAGCAAAAGAGUCCCACUGUAAAAGAAGCUGAGAGAACUCUUAAGCGGGUGUGGGAUGAAUUGGACCAGUGGCACUCACGGAUCAGUGAGCUAGAGGCAGAGGUUCAAGAGCUGGCUGAGGAGCAGCCUGAGAAAGCUCAUGUGUUGAUGGACGAUCUCACCAAACCCCUACAGCUCUACCAGGCUGCCGCCAAACAGGCGGAGCAGAGGACUGCCUUCUUUAACAGAAUCCAUACAAAUCUCCAAGAAUAUGAUGACGUUCUGCGUAGCUCCACAUGCUGGCUGGCUGAGACAAAGUCCUGGCUAAAGACUUCUCAGACCUACACGACUGCCAAGUGUCUGCAUAGCCAUGCCAACUCCCUACAGCAAGUCCAUGAACAAAUCUUUCAGGUCUUUCUCUGCCAUUGCCACGCAAUGGUGCUGGAUGAAUCAGAAGGGAUGCAAAGGUCCCUGGAAGCUUUGGGGGCUUCACUCCAGGAGAUAUCAGCUGUGUGUGACACCAGUACCGAGGAGCAGAACCUUUUGCAGAUACGCACCAACAUUAGUCACAUGCAGAGCAGUGUUCUGGAGCCGCUUUCUCAGCUCCAGCAUGCAGCAGCAGAGAUGGAUGCAAUUGAAGCAGAGGUAAAGACAAUGGAGAAGAAUAUCACAAAGAUCAGGAGUAUCUUAUCUACUGUAGAGACUGAGGACAUCCGUCCAGACGAGCACCUUCAAAACAGACAGGUAAUCCUAGAAAACCUGCAAGCCUUUCAGAGGACCUUAGCCGAGAUCGAGAGGUGCAGGGAUGGCCUGGGUCUCCCUCCAGGAGCUGAGCUCAGUCUCUUGGUCUUCCCCAGAGCGGAGCAGCUCCAUCCCCAUAUCAAUGAGCUCCAACGGCUCACCGAGGAGCAAAGCAAUGCAUUCAGGGCUGCUAUUGGUCAUUCCAUGGUUCUUACUUCUCCCUCUGAUGGAGGAAUGAUGAAAAAAAAUUCUGAAAUUGUCAAACAGGUGCCUGUGGAAACAGCAUUCUCAAAGGAAGAGGUUGAUGAUGAUUAUGAGGAUGAAGGCAGUCACUCUUCAUCCUCUGAGACUCUCACUUGCAGUGCGUCAGAGGACUCAGGUGAGAUUUCAGUGGGUGAGGAUCCUGUGGAAACCAGUGCUGUGACUGUGGUCCAAGUGUCUCUCCCUAAGGAAUCAUUCCCAGGAGCGUCCGAAAGACCAGUGGAGAGUGAACUGGAAAGUGAAAUUCCAAAUAAACUCGAAACAACUAUUUCAAAAACAGCAAGCGGCAGAUCAGUUGAUGGCGAUACAACUCAUGUGUCUGGAACAACACCAGAAACGUUAUCACUGUUGAAAGUAGAUCCUUCUGUGCAACUUAACGUACCAACUGAAGAAACUGAGGAAAUCCUGGAGGACGUUAAACGUUCAGAAACAACAGAGAUGCCAGAUGGAGUGCAGAUAGGAACAUCAGCUGAAAAACCUGGACUGGUUUGUGAAAACAAGAGCAUUGAGGAAUAUGGCACCGAGUCUGGCAUUCAAGAACUAAUAACUGAUGAAUUUAAAGAGUCCAGAUCCAUGUCUACUGAGAAAGAGGAUAUUACAUGCACUGUCAUUGAGGACAAUAAGUCAGUUAAGACUACAGUCCCAACACUGGACAUGGACACUGUCUCUCAGGAAAAAACACUGACUACAGUAGAUGAAGCUCCUGCUGAAACCACCACUGCCACCGUGGUCCAAGUGUCCAUCACAAAGGAAUCUUCUCCUAAAGAAAGUGGAACGUUAGUGGAGUCAGUGCCUUUGAAAACUGAGACUGAAAUUAGCAAUUUAUCUAAACAAAAGCCAGAAGAUGCUGGACUUCCAUCUGACACUGUUUGUCCACAACCUGUUGAUACAGCAUUAUGCGUGACAACUGAUGCUACUGUACAAAUAAGCAUGCCAACUAGAAUAACGGGUGAAGAGACUGAGGACACGGUGAAGGGCAUCAAACCUGCUGAAGUGACAGGGAAGGCUGAAGGAGUGACACCGAAUGAGGCACUAAAACCAGAGCUGAUAGAGGCACCUGCAGUAAAGACUGGACUAGUAAACAGUAAAGACAAAGACAUUGUAGAUGUGGAGAGAAGGUCCGAAUUUCAGGAAAUGAUGGAAGAGUUUAAAUCUAAACCUACAGGGAAGGAAACAGUGAGACAAAUCAGUGAAGACCAACAGAGAGCUGUUUCAGUCUUGCCUUCAGCACCUAUCUUGGACACAAACACAACCCCCCAUGAGGAUUCAGCACCGGGGGUGCAGAAGGAGCUACAGGAGCAGAGAGAUCUGAUAGAGGCCAUUGCUGAACACAGCAGUAGCUCUGAUCUGCAGCAAAAGGAACAAGCACAGUCUCAGAAAUGUGCACGCAACUCAUGUUUUCUGUAUUUAUAUACUGUCAUUGGUAGGAGUCUGUUUGUUCCUGAGCAGCCAGCAGUCAUGGACGUGACCUGGGUCCAACUCCUCCCCAAACUUGACAAUCUGCUGGACUCAUUAAACGUAGAGCAGGACAGAACUAAAAAACUACUGGUGAAAAGUAUAGCUGAGGACGAAGGGGUUAGUGAUGCCGUAUUUUCUAUUAACCAGGAAAUGGUUGGGCAUGCUGAGCGACUUCAACUUAUCCAUCAUAAGAUCCUCGUUCCAGCCACUCCAGCUGGAACAGUUCAGUCCGAGCUGUUUGAGGCCUUGACUGGUCUGAGUCACACACUCGCCAGAAUCACACACAUACUUCAGGCUCCAUCAGAGAUGAGCGAGGAGAUCAUCCAACUCUAUCUCUUCAAUAUUCAGUGUCUUUCAUCAAAGCUGACUUCUAUAAGCGGCACGAUAAGCAGCAUGAGCCCAAAGAUCACCGUCGCCAAGGAUGCGUCCGCAGCCUCCUGUCUGGACCGAAUCAAUAGCUGCAUAUCUUCUAUUCAGAAGGCCUUGUCUUCCCAAGAUGACCUGCUGAGUAAGAAGCUAGGGCAUACUCAACAGUUUCAGAUUGCUGAGGAAAUCCUUGCAAUCCCAGUAUCAUUACUGGAGGCCAAAGGAGCACAGCAUAGUAAAUCAACCAGCUUUAUUCAAGAUCUGUCCAACUUACAGGGUGUUCAAGGCAAGGUGUGGAGUUCCAUGCGAGAGGACAAGAGGAAAGAACAAGAGGUUUCAACACUACAUCGCUGCCAUCAGGCUAAUCUUCAGGGUCUAAGGGAUCUGUUGGAGCUGGGCUCUGAGCGACUUCAACAAAGCCAAGGCAUGCAUCAGCAAAGCUGCAGUCAACUCCAGAGCCUGCUCACAGGACACAAGAGGUACUUUAAGGAGUUGAGGUGGUAUCAUGUGAUGAUCCAGCAUAUAACCAAGCGGAUACCGGAAGAAGCUUUGCAAGAUCAAGAAGAAGUUGAACAGUUGGUCUCCGAGCUUGCUCUGCAGGCUUUAGGACACGGAGUUCACAUUCAGCACAACUUACAGGAGCGCUCACGAUAUGAAGAGAUGGGAGUGAAACUGGGAAGACAGCUGGAAGAGUUGGAAGCAGCAAUGCCCAGUAAUGACCUGAUGUCAGAACCUGAAUCACAACUUCAAGAACGACUGCAGGCCUAUCAGCAGUUGCAAAGGCUCCUCGAGGAUAGCCGGCCCCAGUUGGAGCUACUGCAAGCCAAGGGUUUGUUUUCUGAGAAAGUGAACCACCAGGGUCCAAUUUUAGAGCUUCAGAAUAACUGGCAAGCUUUCCACAGACAGCUGAAGCAGGAGAUCCAACGCGCAAAGGAGAUGCAAGUCAGCUAUGAUAGGUUUCAGUCCAAUUCUGCCGAGCUGGAAGUAUGGAUUGCUUCUGCACUUGCAAACGUCAAACUAUGGAACAAUCUCAGUGGUCCUGAUCCACAGGAUUCAGAAAUUCUCCUGGCAAAUAUUAUGAACUUCUUUAAGGAGCUGGAUAGCAGGUCUGUACAGAAGGCCACUGCAGUGAGAGCAGGCACACAGGUCCUGCAACUGACAGACACUGAGGCUCCUGAACUGCGCCAACAUUUGGUUCAACUAGAGCAAGACUGGACAGAGCUCAAUGACGCUGUGCCCUCUGUCCAGCACACACUGCAGCAGCUGCUGGCUGGUCUAGGUCAGAGUGGGGUUAGGACUUAUCUGUCCACCUGGAUGGAGCAAAUUAAGAGCAGACUGGAGGAGGAGAGCUCCAGAGAACUUCACGUCGUAAACUCUAAUGAGCUCACAAUGCUUCUACAGAAACUUAAGGAAUGUAAAGCAGAAGUGGCAAGCCGGCAGCCAUGUAUAGACUUCCUCAACCACUCUGUAGAAGAGACCAGAUUUGUGAACAUUCCAGCUAUUCGUAAUGAGCGUUUGAUCCUUGCUGAGCAAUUGGGGGCCCUCAAUCACGAAUGGAUGCUUCUGCAGAGGAAGAUUGACAUCAAGAUUCGAGAAAUUGAGAACAAAAAGCAGGACUGUGCACAGAGAGAAGGUCAUCUGCAGCAACUCCGCAGCUGGAUCUCGGAGCAGGAAAAGAAGAUCAGAGUGAAUGAGAGACCAGCUGGCUGGACACAGAUACAACAAGCGUUAAAGGAUUCCGAGGAGGAGGAGGAAAAGUUCAAGCAAAAAUCCACUGAGCUGGUGCAGUUGAGAACUGUUCACAUGUUGGGGCAGAAGGAUGGACAGCACCCAGGUGAUCAGACGUUCUCCUCGCAGGUGGAAAGCACCAGUGAGCAAUGCCAGACUCUCAUGCACCAGAUGAGUGCUGUCCAGACUGUUCUGGUCAGGCUGAAGGAGCAGUGGACACAGCUGGAAGGAGCAUUGAGGGAUGCAGCGCAGGAGACUGUCAGCAUGGCCUAUAAGCUGGAGACCAGCAAGAUCCCAACAUUGUCACUUCAACAAAGCAAAGAACAUGUAGAGCAGCUUCAGGAGCUGAAGUUGGAAGUAGAAAGAUCAGAACAGACUUGGACAAGUUUGAGCAGUCUUUAUUCAGACUUAAAAGACAAAAUACACCCUGGUGCUGCUGUAAUUCUGUCCAGUGAGUUGGAUCACGGAAAAGCACGGUGGGAAGCUGUGGUGCGUGAAGUCACUUUGGAGCUGCAAAGGGCUCAGGUGAAGCUGCAUUUCUGGCAAGAGUAUAGCCUUCUAUAUAACGGCUGCUCAGAGCAUUUAAGCCAUCACUGGGAGCAAUAUGAGAGUUUUUUGAGCCUCCUAAAAAAACAGGAGUACAACAUCGAGCUGCUUCACGACAAGAUCGACAACAUUAGCACUAUGGCGGACAAACUGAAAGCACUGGAGGGUGAUGUUGGAAAUGUAUUAGAGGCUUCUAAGCUUCUCAUGGUACAGUUAGAGCCCCAGGCAGCUCCCAUAAUCCAAUCAGAGGCCAAGCAUCUCUCACAUGGUCUUGUGUGUCUGAGCCAGGCAUUAGUUAGGACACGGGAACAACUACAGGAGGAGCUGGAAGAUCACAUCCAUAUCAAUACUGAUUUGGAUUCCCUAAUGCAGUGUCUCAAAAAAUCAGAAAGUGUCCUGACCUCCCCUACUGCAAGCACAGGGAACCUAAAGGUGAGCCAGUUAACCCUGGCUCUUUUGGAUUUGAGUGCACUGACCCCUGACCUCGGAGCUCUGAAUGAGCAGAGCCUCACGUUGCCACUUACUGCUUCUGAGGCGGAGCAGCUGCAGCUCCUUAACACUAACUGGGUGCAGGUCUUCAUCCAGGCCAUGAACAGACACAGGGAAACGUAUAGCGCACAGUUGGGUGAUCAGAGCUUCCAGCAGAAGUGCCAAGCUUGCACAGAUCUACUGGAGACGCUGGAAUCUGGGCUCUCUAAUGACACUUCUGGAAAUGAUAUUUUUAUGAGAGAACAGCUUGCAGUACACCAGAAGCUGAAAAUGGAAGUACUGAUUGGCCAGCAGCUUCUGGAUUCCGUGAUCAGUGAGGCAUCGAAGCUUUUAAAUCAAAGUCAGGGAGAAGACAGGAAAGACAUGAUUCUGAGGUUAACCCAAUUAAAGGAGCGAUGGCAGACAACACUGCAGAGGGUUCAGGAGCGUAGCAGGUGCCUCGAGCAGCAAACCGAACAAUGGAGGCUAUAUAGGACAGGCCUGAAAAGGCUAUGGAGACUCCUAAAGGACUUGGAACAUUUUCUAUCACCUUCUGGAUUGGUACCUUGCAGUUUUCAGCAGCUGCACCAAUCCGUUCAGGACUGUGAGCGGGCUCAGGAGAAGCUGAGCAGUCAUGAAGAACUCUACGCCCAGACUGUGCAGGUGUACCAGCAGAUCUUACCCCUGGCAGAUGUACAGACACAGGAUGAGCUCAAGACUGAAUUUGGGGCUUUGCAGGAUGCGUGGGAACAAAGGAAUAGUCUGGUUGUGAAGAGAAAGGCUCUCUCUGAAACUGUCAUUCAGAAUUGGAGUUGCUGUGAGGACGGACUCACGGACAGUGCACUUCAUCUGAGAGAGAUUGCUGUCAGACUAAAGCAGCCACCGCUAGACAACACAGAGCUUCAGGAGAAGCUUUUCGAGGAGGACGAGAAAUCUUUGGAGCUGUGGGCUGGAGGACUGAGGAACCUGGUGAGCAUGAAGGCGGAUAUCUCACAGUACGUGCUGCCCACCGACACAGUGCUUCUCCAGGGACAGGUGGAGGAACUGCACAGUCAGUGGGAAGAACUUUGCCUGAAGGUGUCCAAGCGUAAACAAGAGAUUGCUGAUCGACUGAACGCAUGGACCAUAUUCAACGACAAACACAAGGAGCUUUGCGAGUGGUUAGGUCAGAUGGAGAGAAAGGUUAUGCACAGCAGUGAUUACUUCAGCAUCGAGGAGAUGGUUGAGAAACUGAAAAAGGACUGCAUGGAGGAGAUUAACAUCUUCAGCGAGAAUAAGAGACACCUCACGCGGCUGGGGGAGCAGCUCCUAUUAGCCAGCGACGAAGCUAAAGAGACCAACAUCCAUGGCAUGCUGCAAGACGUCAAUGACCGUUGGCAGCAUCUGUUUGACCAAAUUAAUGCCAGAGAGGACAAGCUGAAAGAGACUCUGGCUGCUGUGCAGCGACUAGAUAAGAACAUGAGAAACGUGCGGAGCUGGCUGUCCCAUAUUGAGGCGGAGCUGUCCAAGCCUGUCACCUACAGCAUCUGCAACGAAGACGAGAUCCAGAAGAGACUGCAAGAGCAGCAGGAGCUCCAACAGGACAUUGAACAGCACGCAGAGAGCAUAACAUCUCUCCUCAAUUUGUGUGAUAUGGUGCUGCACGAUGAGGACGUCUGCAGCAGCAGUAAUAACGAAAAUGAUUCAAUACAGCAGACCACUCACAGCCUGGACCAGCGCUGGAGAAACAUCUUUUCCAUGUCCUUAGAAAGGAAGACAAGGAUUGAGGAAACAUGGAAGCUGUGGUGUAAGUUUCAGGACGAUUGCUCGCAAUUCGAAGACUGGCUAAACAUCGCUGAACACACUGCUGCUGAACCCGAGUCAUCUGAUGUUCCUUAUACUGUGGCUAAAGAGGAGCUUAAGAAAUAUGAGGCAUUCUAUAGAAAGGUGCAUGAAAAACUGGUCCAACUAGAAAUGAUUAACAGCCAUUACCGACGGCUGGCCCAGGAGAACCGCACUGACUCAGCUAACAGGUUGCAGACCAUGGUGCACCAGGCCAACCAACGCUGGGACUCUCUAUAUAAGAGAGUAGUAGCCAUACUGCGCAGGCUGAAGCAUUUUACAUCUUUAAAAGAGGACUUUGAAGGGAAACGGGAGGGCCUGCUGGUCUCGUUGACUGAGAUGGACUUACAGCUUACCAGUGUGGAGCACUUCUCAGAGGGCAACAAGGAACACAAGCUGAAAAGGCUCAAAGGUCUGAAGAAGAAGAUAACUCAGUACACAGAUAAGAUCGAUGCGCUGAUUGUGUCCGGCGAGGGUCUGAUUCAAAGGAGUGUUCCCUUGGAUGCUGUGCUUAUAGAGGAGGAGCUCGAAGAACUGCAUUCCUACUGCCAGGAAGUGUUCAGCCGAGUGGGCUUUUUCCACCAGCGCCUCACCAGCCCCCAGCCUAGAUUAAGCAAUCCCGAACUCGGUACCAGCGAGAGUACUGCGGAUUCUGAUGGAGCCGACCCAAGCCACGACACGUCCACGUCUUCCAUGUCCCUUCUGGUCCCGCCACAGGAGCGGUCAGGCUAUGAGACACCGCUGAGUGUCGACUCCAUCCCCUUGGAAUGGGACCAUACUGGAGAUGUGGGUGGUUCAUCUUCACAUGAGGAGGAUGAUGAUGCAAGCUUCUUCAGCUGCCGCUCAGGUGUGGAAGGCACAGAGAGCUCUGAGGCAUUUGUAGACUCCACAAUGCAGCCUUUCACAGAUACCUCGGUCCCAGGACGAGACCUGGCAUCUCACAGAUGGCACUCACGAGCUGUUCCAGACACAAUCCCCUUUUCCCUUCCUGAUACAAAAGAUCUUCCUGAACAUGAAAGCACACCUUAUAAACAAGGCUAUGCUCAGCUCAUGUCUGAGUGCAGCAGCAACGUCAAGAAUGUGAAAAAGGUGUCACUCAUCCUGGAUAAUGAUGAACAUCAUGAGGACCAAGGAGGUCUCACCAGCCUCAAAACGGCAGAUAAACAAUCCAGAGUGAUCGAGCGCUGGGAGCUCCUCCAGGCACGGGCUGUCAGAGAGGAGCAAUGCUACAGCAGAGACCGGAAACAGCUGACAUUGGACCUGCACAACAUAACUUCUUGGCUGAGCCAAGUCAUCCCUGAGCUUAAGAAACUCCAAAAUGCAGAGACGGCAUGUGUUAAUGUACAGAUCAUGGAGGCGCGGGUGAAGGAGCUAAAGGACAUGCAGAAGGCUUUUGCUCGCUAUAAGACGCUGAUGCUGAGUCUGAACCUAGGUGAGCGUGAGCUGGCAUGUGAGACGGGUCGCGAGGUACAGCAGCUACAGGAAGACUUGUGCAGCAUGAACCGGAGUUGGACCGAGGCCUGCUCGAGCCUGGAGGAGUGGGAGGACGGUUUGCGAAAGUCUUUCAUGCAUUGCCAGGAGUUCCAUGAGACUUUACACUCACUCUUGCUGUGGCUGGCCCAUGCUGAAAGCAGAAGGUUCACUGUUAACAUUCAAGAUCCGUCUGUUCUGCCCUCUGUGCUGAACGAGCACAAAACUGCUCUGAUGGGUCUGGAAGAGGAGCUGAAGUCCAGGCAGAUGCAAGUGUCAUCUCUGCAGGAUAUCACCGAUGAGCUCCUCCCCCAGUCAGGCCCAGAGGACGACUUCGAGGCCACAGAGAAGCUCCACGUCAUCUGUAACAAAUUACGGCUGCUGCGGCGUCAGGUCAAGCAGGACCUCCAAACUGUUCAAGGGCGCUUGGAUUCCUCUGAAGCACCGGCUGAGGGAAAAGGGCAAGAACCAGGAGCUUCCUCUAUGGAUGUAACAGCCAGCAGAGCAUCCGGCACCAGCAGGACGCAGAACAGGGAUUCUUCCCCACCGCGCUCUUUCUUCUAUCGGGUCCUGCGAGCUGCCUUCCCGCUCCACGUCCUCUUCCUCCUGCUGUUGAUUUUUGCCUGCCUGGUUCCCAUGUCUGAAGAAGAUUACAGCUGUACUCUGGCUAACAACUUUGCAAGAUCAUUCUAUCCUAUGCUACGCUACACUAAUGGACCUCCUCCUACUUAAAAUACACACACACACACACAAAUGACCAACUGGUCCACUUCCAAAGGUGACAUAUAGAAACUCGAGAAGCACUGUGUAUAGAAGAGCAUAUUGCUACUGUCCAAAAUGUUUUAUUAGGUGUAUUUAUAAAAUUGAUUUUAUUCUAUUUAUUCCCUAAGAAAAGCCAUACUACUGAGACUUUUUAAAAAGAUAAUCAACUCCUAAGUAUUAUUAUUAUUAUAUGUGUGUUCUUUUACUACUGUGACUGUGAGAAUGUUAAAAGCGCAUAAUCAACUUCACCGAACCCCGUCGAUACUUUGGCUUACAAUCACUGUUCAGGCUUUUAAGUUUCCCCGGGUGAAUUAAAACCAUUGUAACGAAGUUAUGUGGUUGUUAUUUCAGACAUUCUUAUUUUAACCUAUAUCCAAGUCAUCUGGAUAAAUGAUAAUACCAUGUAAGACUGUAUAUCUAUGUUUCAUGCUUAACAGUAUGUUUCCUUUCAGUUGAAACAGCAUGUCUAAAUGUAAUAAUCAUAUUCUUCACUUGUGCAUUAUUUGUUACAGAAUGAAUUUUGGGAGCCACUUGAUUUAUUUUUUACUUUAUUAAGCCAUGAAAUGCUAUCAUGUGGAUAUUUGUUUCUCCAAGCCUUGUUUUUCAUUUUUCAUUUUUCAAGUAGAGCAGUGAGUUCACUGUAAUAAGCACUGACUUCAGGAAUUUUUCAUGUACCUUGCAAUUUGUUUCUGAACGUCUGUUUAGUUUUUCUUAUUUGGUAAUAAACAUUAUCUUGUACAA